AUGCCUGCGGCCGAGCCCACAUCUGCUGAGACGCCAUUCACGUCGCCAACAGUGACGACGCCAUCAUCGCCGACUCCCACAAUCACGUUCCUGAGCGACCACAAUGUCAACUCCCCGCUGGACAACAGCGAGAACGAAAAGGGCAAAAGCAAUUCCGCCGCAGUGGUAGAAGUUCGCCCUGAUGAUGUAGAGGCACAGCAAGAGGACGAUAACCAGGGCUACUCUCUACCGCCUGUCGACACGGGCAAAGAUGCAUGGCUUUUCCUCGCAGCCUGCUUCGUGAUGGAGGCCAUGGUAUGGGGUUUUCCUUUCGCGUUUGGCAUCUUCCAGGAGUAUUACCGCACCCACGAGCCCUUUGCCGGCUCAUCCAAGACUGCCAUUAUAGGAACUUGCGCCAUGGGCAUCAUGUAUCUUGACGCUCCCUUGGUCAUUGCUCUCGCGCGCAUCUAUCCCAAGCAGGGACGCUGGAACCCGACUGCCGGCCUGCUCAUGAUGUGCGCUGCUCUCGCGCUUUCGUCCUUUUCACAAAACACGACGCAUCUCAUCCUCACCCAGGGCGCUCUGUACGGCAUUGGCGGCUCCAUCGCCUACAACCCAUGCCUCGUGUAUGUCGAUGAGUGGUUUGACCGCCGCAAAGGACUUGCGUACGGUCUGAUGUGGUCAGGGACCGGGCUUGGGGGUUUCACCAUCCCGUUGGUGCUCGAGGCGCUGCUGAGCCGAUAUGGUUUCCGAACCACGCUGCGCAUAUGGUCGGUGGCCCUCUUCGCCCUGACUAUGCCACUGAUCUAUUUUGUCAAGCCUCGUCUGCCACCGGCCAUGACGGCUCACAUCAAACCACUCGACUGGAGCUUCAUGAAGAACCGCGUCUUUGCCCUAUACCAGCUAGGCAACUUUGUCGAGGGUUUGGGGUUCUUCCUCCCAGGCAUCUUUCUGCCCACAUAUGCGCAGGAUGUGCUUGGCGCCAGCUCUUUCGCCUCAGCGGCAACACUGCUGGUGCUCAAUGUCGGAUCAGUCGUGGGGCCUAUCACAAUGGGCACCCUGGUCGACAGGCUGCAUGUAACGACAUGCGUCUUGAUAUCCACCUUGGGUGCUGUUUUCGGAGUCUUCUUGCUAUGGGGCCUCGGAUCAAACAUUGGUAUCCUGUACGUCUUCUGCCUUGUCUAUGGCGUCUUUGCUGGGUCUUUCACCACCUCAUGGCCAGGCAUCAUGAGACAUGUCAUCAAGAUUGCCACCGUCGAAAAUGUAGAGACGAUCAGCACUGAUGGUCGCCAUGGCAGUGUCAACACCAGCAGGGGCGUUGGGAACAUUGCGUCGGGCCCGCUGAGCGAGGCUCUGGUUAAAGGGAUGCCAUGGCAGGGCCAGGCUAUCGGAGGAUAUGGGAGCGGAUAUGGGAUUUUGAUUAUAGUCACGGGCGUGACGGCGUUACUGGGAUGCAAGGCGUCUGUAAAUGUCGACAUUUUCACUUUCACGACGGAAGGUGCGUCUUGUGUGCAAACGCGCGUGCCUAUUUUGACCAUCAUUUGA